AUGGAAAGAAAACUUACUCGUGAUGAUAUUUUGGACAUUCUUCUUGACUCGGACGCUGAAUCCGGCAGCAGCAGUGACGGACAGCUGUCAGAGAGCGACGAGGAAGCCCACCUCCUGGAAAACCUUGCGGGCUGUGAUCGUUCCGAAGCGCCGGCGAUCCCUGACAAUGCCGGCCCUGCCAGUGAGGGCGCUGUUGUGGAGGACUUCCUUCCAACCUGGACGUCCAAUCCAUACUCUCCACCAGCCCUGGACUUUGACAACACUACCAAAGGUGUUCAAGGUAGUCUAACAAAUCCUUCUGAGGCAGAAUGUUUCAGAUUAUUUAUGAAUGAGCAACUUGUGGAGCAAGUGGUGCAGGAGACCAAUAGGUAUGCUCAUCAGCUGAAAGAGUCGGCUACUAUCCCUGGGAAACUGGCAAAGUGGACUGAAACAACUGUAAAUGAAAUUUACACAUUUCUGGCAGCUGUUAUUCUUAUGGGCCUGGUAAGAAAAAACUCCUUGAAAGAUUACUGGUCCACCGAUCCAGUAAUACAGACCCCAUUUUUCUCUACUCUCUUCUCUCUGGAUCGGUUCCAACUCCUCCAGAGGGCCCUCCACUUUGCUGACAAUGCUACAGCAAAUCUCAGGGAUCCUCUGAAUAAAAUUAGAAGUGUUUUCACCUCUCUGAUGGCUGCUUUUGGACAGAUGUUCAUUCCUCACAGGGACUUGUGCAUCGAUGAGUCACUGCUGCUGUGGAAAGGCCGGCUUGGAUUUCGACAGUACAUUCCAUCAAAGAGGAAGAGGUUCGGAAUCAAGCUCUUCAUGCUGUGUGAUGUUCUGACUGGGUACGUCAUCAAUGUGGUAGUGUACACUGGCUCCAGCACAGACAUCACACACACUCCAGGACUUGGUGUGUCUGGCUCAGUAGUGCUGACACUGCUGAAGCCAUACCUGGGGAGAGGGCAUACUUUGUACGUGGACAACUGGUACACCAGUCCUUCUCUUUUCAGUCACCUGCUGAGAGGUAAAACUGGGGCUUGUGGAACAGUGAGGGCCAACAGAAAGGGCAUGCCACGCUUCCAAGACAGGAUGUCCAGUGGGGAGGUAGACUUUAAAAGUUGCGAAGAAAUGCUGGCAGUGAAGUGGCAUGACAAACGCGAUAUCCGCAUGCUGACAACAGUCCACUCAGCAGAGUUGUCACCCUCUGGAAAGAUAGACCACACCACUAGAAAUGAGAAAAUCAAACCCCAAUGCGUGCUGGACUACAAUAAAAAAAUGAGUGCUGUGGAUAAUGAUGGACAGUUUUGUUGGCUGUACUCGUAA